AUGGGUGCGGCUCAGUCGAAUGAUCAUGGUACUUCAACACCAGAGGAAUUGAGCUACGUGCUCGCAGAGCGCUUUGCCACGAAAUGUUUCACACCGUUAGAACUCACUCAUUUCAAAGAUAACUUUUUCUCGCGCGCUUCAGAGCAAGGAGGCCUGAAGUAUUGGAAUGAGAAAACACUCUCGGACUUCCUCGGCAUCCCAGAUGGCAUCUGCACGUCUUCGCAAGAGCAGCCGCUGGAUGCCGGUCCGGUUAUUUUUCGUAUGGUCUCCUAUCUAGGCGCUUUUCCAUUCCAGAAUACGCUUGCUCCAAGUGUCUUGACGUUUGAGGCUAUGGUUAAGGUGGUUGUGCUUCUUACCGAUCGUUACGGGAAAGCCCUUAAGCGGGGACACAAGGAUCGAGUCAAGUUACUAUUUGGCAGCCUCGCAGAUGUGGGAAGGAAGACUUCUGCGCCCACUGAGACUAUUGAAGAGUCUACGGCUGGGGAAGCUGAAGCUCCCACUGGGAAUUCUCACGCGCUGGGUUUCUCAAUAGACGAGCCCGCAAACGAUGAUUAUGAUGAAGAUGAGGAUGAUGAUCUUGCGCUUGCGGCGUUAGAGUCACUUGAUGCUAUUGAGGUGUUCAAGCAUGAUCAUAGAGUCGACAAAACGGUUUAUGAAACCCGGAUUUCAGUUGAUACCCUCAGACGGUUACUCAUGCUGCUUCUCGUGAUUGCGCCGCUGAAACCGUUGGAAUCUUUGAAAAUUUAUACGUCUGGUUUGAAUACCGAGCGGAUAGAGGCGGUUCGAAAAGAAGCAGACAGUAUUAUUGCUACCUUCUCGCCUUUGGAGAGCGAUGGUGGCAUAUCAUACAAGGCUUUCGCCCAAACAAUAUCGCUCUCUCUGCCAUACAUGUUCGAUCCGCUCACUGCACUUUUCGAACACAUGCUUUUCAGCAAAAAUUUGGAUCUCUCUCAACGCCGCCAAAAUGGCCUAGUGACCGAGACAGAAGAAGAAGAGGUCCAAAAAGCCGAAGAAUCUCUUCCACCGUCAGCCACAAUAACGCUCCCAGGAAGCUUCGAGUCUACCAUAUUGAACCCGACUCUCAUCUCACAUCUUUCAUUCUUCCUCCCUUCAACAUCCCCCAACAUGAACCUCCUCCGCAGUGGCGUCAAGCUUCACCCCGUAUUCUCCACAAACGCCCACGGUUCCUCCCUAACCUCCUUCUCACACCACGUCCUGACCUGGCAAUGCGCAACCCUCCUCAUCCUCCAGGGAAUACCAAAAGACUCAUCAGACCAAGAGCCAGUAACCCUAGGCGCCUACAUCCCCCAAACAUGGAAAACAAACUCAACCAUCAAGUCUUCGCACACCUCCGAGCUCCUUCCUUAUCUCUUCCAUUUAUCCCCCAAACACCUCCUCCUCCCAGGGAACCCAUCACCAUCAAUAAAGAAGCCUAAUACCCCCCAAGCCUACUUCUCAACCGCAACCGGCAUCGCAAUCGGCUGCCAAAUCCCCGCCCACUCACGCACGCAACAAACGCGCCCUAAACCCCUCGGCGCAGGAAGUCUCCUCAUCGACGAGAACCUCGAGUCAGCAGAAAUCCACACCGCACCAGUGGGCCACGACGGCGUCUUCUUACCAGCAACUGGUACAUCACUCAGCGACCCGCCCACCAAGACAAAACUCGAUCUGUAUACCCUCGAGAUCUGGGGCAUUGUGCCGGACCCAGAUGGCGGCUCAGAGUCUGGCCCCAGUGCGGUGGAUGUGCAGCGUGCAAAAUGGGAGUUUGAAGCGAGAGAGGCGGAACGCCGACGAAAUAUCAAUCUCAAAUCCGGCGCUGGUGAUCCAUCGGCGAAUGACAGCGCCAGGUGGCUCUUGGAAGCAGCGGGUAUUAUUAGCGAUGAGGGUAGACACUAG